AUGGGCCUGCUAGCGCUUGGCACCCCGCUGACCUGGCCGGAAGCGAAAAAAAGUGCACAGCAAGUCAGAGAAUGGGGGAUUGAACAACUUCUGGCCAUCUGGGGGAAGGCAAAGGGAAAAGAGCGAAAUGCGCUGCUCUGGGGCGAUGAGGUUGAGUAUCUCGUCGUAGCGGUGGAUCAGAAGGCGCAGAAAGUGCGACUUUCACUCCACCAGGCCGAGCUCUUGAAAUCGCUGGCGCAAGAGGAAGUGCAGGCAAAUGGGAAAUUGGUACAGGGGCUCCUGGAUGGAGUAAAAGAACCGCUUCCCAAGUUCCAUCCCGAGUUUGGACGUUUUAUGCUGGAGGCAACACCAGGAAAGCCUUGGGGAAUUGGAUUCCAAGACCUCUUGAGAGUCGAGUCCAAUAUGAAGUGGAGGAGAGUUAUUGCGAAAAAACAUAUGGCACCGAAUGAAUACCCCAUAACCCUUACCACAUUCCCACAACUAGGCACCAAGGGCGAUUUCACACAACCAUUCUAUCCUGUCUCGGGCAGCGCGCUCCGUUCACAGUUCGUCCCCGACGAAAUCGCAAACCCGCAUAUCCGCUUCCCCACACUGGCCGCAAAUAUUCGAUGGAGGAGAGGCAGAAAGGUGCAGCUGAACGUUCCCGUGUUUCGAGAUAGGAAUACUCCCUGGCCAUUCAACGACCCAACGGUCAAUUACGAUCUCCAUGACUGGCCAGAAGACGAUGAUGUCCGUAAUGGUGCUGUGAAACAGAAUCAUGUCUAUAUGGAUGCAAUGGCGUUUGGCAUGGGAAGCUGUUGUCUGCAAAUCACGUUCCAGUGUAAAAAUAUCAAUGAGGGAAGAAGGCUCUAUGACCAGCUAAGCCCCCUGGGGCCGAUAAUGUUGGCUUUGACUGCUGGUACACCAAUUUACAAAGGCUUCUUAGUUGACACUGACGUUCGGUGGAAUCAGAUCAGCAACGCGGUUGAUUGCCGCACGCCUGAAGAGCUGGGAGAGAAGCCACUGAAGAAUGAUCGCUGGCGCAUCCCAAAGUCAAGAUAUGCGUCUAACUCCACAUACAUAUCCCAAGAUCCGCGACUACGACCUGAGUACAUGGACCCAGACCUUGUCAUAGACGAAGACAUUAAGCAACGCCUCCUAGAUGGUGGUAUGGAUGACCUGCUUGCCACCCACUUCGCCCACCUCUUCAUCCGCGACCCUAUCGUAGUAUUUUCCGAGGACCUGGAGGAACUCGACCUCAACCAGACCAAUCACUUCGAGAAUCUGCAGUCAACAAACUGGCAACACAUCCGCUUCAAGCCGCCGCCGGCCGAAAACGACAUCGGCUGGCGUGUCGAGUUCCGCCCGAUGGAGAUCCAGAUUACCGAUUUCGAAAAUGCCGCUUUCAGUGUCUUCAUGGUCCUCAUCACUCGCGCCAUUCUCAGCUUCGAUCUAAAUCUCUACAUCCCCAUCCCACGCACGACAAUGAACAUGGAAACCGCCCACGCACGUAAUGCCGUCCUCGAGCAGAAAUUCUACUUCCGCAAAGACCCCUUUCCACACCGUAUAUCACGGCUUCACCACCAGCACCAGCACCAGCAGCACCCCAACAGUAACCCGAACAGCACUAGCGGUAACGCAUCAGAUUCCAGCUCCCGCUACUCCUCCGGUUUCUCAACGCCGAGCCUACGUCCCAUCGAAUCCGAGUAUGAGCUCAUGACCAUCGCAGACAUCGUCAACGGCACGGAGGACGGGUUUCCUGGCCUAAUCCCGCUGGUCGAGUCGUAUCUCAACGGCGUCAAUGUCGAUGUGGAGACACGGUGUCGGCUGGCGGCGUAUCUUGAUUUCAUCCGCCGGCGUGCGGAUGGCACUCUGUGGACGAAUGCGAAGUGGAUCCGCGAGUUCGUAGCCAGGCAUCCGGAAUAUAAGCAUGACAGCGUGGUUUCGGAUAAGAUCUGCUUUGAUCUUGUCAACGCUGUUGAGGAGGUUACGGAGAAAGGGGGGAAGGGUGGUAGCGUUGGGUGGGAGAUGUUGAGGGGUGCUAAGGAGUGA